GGGCGCAGAGCGGGGAUGGGGAGCCGGGGCGGGGGUCUGUACGUGGGGCGGAGGGCGGCGGCGGUGGGGGCCGCGCUGCUGCUGGCGCUGCUGGUCGCGCUGCUGGCGCUCGCCGCUCUCUACGGGCGCUGCCGGCAGGAGGCAGCGCCGCCGCCGCCCUCGCCCGCUUCCCCCGGCCCCGCCGCCCCUCCGCCGCCCGCUCCGGCCGCCGGCUCCGUCCGCCGCCUGCCCCGCCACCUCCUGCCGCUCCACUACGACCUGGAGCUGUGGCCGCGGGUGCGGCCGGGCCAGGAGGGGCCCUUCGCCUUCACCGGGCAGGUGAACAUCACAGUGCGCUGUCUGCAGGACACGGACACGGCGGUGCUGCACAGCGCGGGGCUGCGGAGCCGCGGUGUCGCCGCCGUGCGCGGUCCCCUGUCCGAGCCGGGCGCCGCCGUGGAGGUGGCGGGGCUGCGGCUGGAGGAGGCGGACGAGGUGGCGGUGCUGGAGCUCCGCGGCCGGCUCCGGGCCGGGCGCCGCUACAUGCUGCAGCUGAGCUUCCAGGGCCGGCUGGAGGAGGAUCUGGACGGGCUCUUCCUCAUCCGCUACACCGACGAGGGGCAGAGCAGAAUGCUCAUUGCCUCCCAAAUGGAACCAACAUAUGCCAGGACAGUUUACCCAUGUUUUGAUGAACCUGCCAUGAAGGCCACAUUUAAUAUCAGAAUUGUCCAUGACCCAAGCUAUGUGGCUCUUUCCAACAUGCCUGCAAUUGAUGUAUCUGAAGUGAAAGAUGAAAAUGGAAGCCUGUGGAGAGUUACCACUUUUAACACUUCACUGAAAAUGUCAACUUACUUGACUGCUUUUGUGAUUUGUGAUUUUGAUCAUGUCACCAGAACCGAGCGGGGAAAUGAGAUACGUAUUUGGGCUCGGAAAGAGGCAGUUAAAAAUGGGUAUGUUGAAUAUGCUUUAAAUAUCACGGGCCCAAUAUUUUCAUUUCUGGAGGAUGUACUUAAUGUCAGCUACCCUCUGCCAAAGACAGAUCUGGUUGCACUGCCUGAUUUUGAAGCAGGUGGUAUGGAAAACUGGGGGCUAAUGGUUUUCCAAGAAGCAGCAUUGAUGAGCCUCCCAAGUGAUGAAUUCACAGGCACGAAGGCAGUGGUCGCUUUAGUUGUGUCACAUGAGAUAGGACACCAGUGGUUUGGAAACCUGGUUACAAUGAACUGGUGGAAUGAUCUGUGGCUUAAUGAGGGCCUCACAUCUUACUUUGAGUUGCUGGGAGCUACCUUUGUUGAGCCCAAUCUUUCACUGGAUAAAAUCUUUUAUGCUCAUUUUGUACAACCUGUCUUAAAGGAAGACACUGAAAAAGCUCGAUCACUGUCAGAGAGUGAAGACAAGRUCAAAGGAUCAUUAAUGUCUCUGUUUGACAGCAUCACGUACAGCAAGGGGGCUUCUAUAACCUGGAUGCUUUCUAGUUUCCUGUCUGAAAAGUUGUUCAUCCGAGCACUUACUUCAUAUCUGAAAGAAUUUUCCUUCUCCAAUGCUAAUCAAGAUGAUCUCUGGACCCACAUCCAGAUGGUCAUAGAUGCACAGGAUGAAGUUCAGCUGCCAGCAUCUGUAAAGCAAAUAAUGGAUUCCUGGACAUGCCAAAAUGGGUUUCCAGUUUUAACAUUAAAUCUAACUACUGGAAUAAUCAGACAGGAACAAUUUUUUAAUAAAAAGAAUAGAAAGAGUGCUGAUUCUUACAAUAACACCUGGAUUAUUCCUAUUUCUUGGAUGAGAAAUGGAUCAUCACAACCCCUAACCUGGCUAGAUAAAAGCAGCAAAAUGUUUCCUGAAAUGCAAGUAUCAGAGUCUGCACACGACUGGAUCUUGCUAAAUGUAAAUUUAAGUGGAUACUACAGAGUGAACUAUGACCAAUUAAACUUGAAGAGAUUAGCACGCUUGCUUGAAAAAGAUCCAAAGGUUAUUCCCGCUGUCAGCAGGUUCCAGCUGAUAGAUGAUGUUUUUGCAUUGGCACACUUUGGUUAUGUUCCAAUUGAAACAGCACUUGAACUAACAAAAUACCUUGCCAAAGAAGAUGAACUCUUCAUAUGGAAUGUGGUAUUGUUAAACCUAAUACCUGAUAAUUUGGAAAGUACACUGAAGAACUAUGAAGUAUAUCCACUUUUAAAGAAAUACCUUUUAAAGAGAAUGUUGCCAAUAUACCAUUAUUAUGCAGGUUUUAUUCGUCAAAACACUGAUGCUUUGGAAGAUGACCAUUUUGCUCAAAUGUAUUUGGAAAAACUCUUUGCAACAGCAUGCUGGCUGGGCCUUCAAGACUGUUUGGACCUGUCAUCUGAACUGUAUGCUAAGUGGAUGGACAACUCUGAAUACAAAAUUCCCUUUUUAAUUAGAAGAACAGUCUACUGUUAUGGUGUUGCAAUCGGAAGUGAUAAAGAAUGGAAUUUUGCAUGGCAAAUGUAUAACCAUACUGAUGCCAUAGAGGAAGAGGAAGACAUGCUACUCUAUGCCAUGAGCUGUGCCAAAGAAUCAUGGUUACUUCACAGAUGCUUGCAAUAUGGGCUCAGUGACACAUUAUUUUCUUCCAACCGUACUUCAGCCAUCAUCUCACAUGUAAUGACUAAGGAUAUCGGGCACCGUAUAGCCUGGGACUUUGUUACAGAAAAUUGGCCACUUUUAACUAAAGGAUAUGGGCACAAAUUAUUGCAUGAGGUACUAAAAGUCAUGGGAAGAUUUGUCAAUACAGAUGUACAGAUCCAAGAGCUGCAGGUUUUUUAUAAUGCUACUUUGGAAGAGGAUGAGAGAGAGGCUAUUACUCUGCUACUGGAAUCUGCAAAACUUGAAAAUAUUGAAAGGAGAAAACUACUAAACAAUAUUGCCAGCUGGCUAGAGAAAAAUAUAGAUUGACUUGGAAAACAAUUUCCAUUACAGUAUAUGUGAUUCACUAUCAUAUUGGUACUCAUUAUAAGCUAUAAUGAAAGGUAAAACACAUUUUAAUGAGUCCUGUAGUUGUCUUCCCAUUGGAAAGUCUGGCUAAAAUAAUUCACUAUGAAAAGAAAGACAUAGGAAAAGAAAUUACAUUUGCAUCUUAUGUCCAAAAUAAUUUCCUGCUGACUGAGGUCUUAGAGAUGCAUUGCUAAUAACAAUCUAACAUAUAGACACAGUUCUAAAUCAUUUGGAGAUUUUUUUUUCUGGAUAUCUGUCAGGUUCCACUGUGGGAAACUGCAAGCAGUUCUUUUAGAAAUAGAUGGUCAGGAACAAAACUAAGCCAAACGAGACAAACCUUGUAUCGGAGCACCUUUUUAUUGGUAACAAGAACGCAAAAUAAAAAGGAAUUACCCUACUAGAGACGGCUGGAAAAGACAGAAAAGGAGGAAGGAAAAUGGAAAAAGGAAUGGUGAGGGGAAGAGAGAGAGGGGGGAGACAGAGAAGAAAAGCAGGCGUUACCACUAGCAGGACCGGGUUGUGCCGUGGAAGUCCACACAUGGAGAGUAUSCAUGCUGCUGCCUGACAGCUCUGAGAGAGGCGCGGCUGCACCAGGCACCUCUCCCAUGGUGACGGGCUGCUGGACACACAGUGAGCGGGCACUCGGCAGGAGAUCCGAGACCUCCUCCGGAACAGUCGGGGCGAGGAUUGUGGCGCCGGGCGAGGUCGGAGGCAGGCAGGGUCAGAGGCAGGUGGCUCAGGUAGGCAGGGACACGGAGACACGCAGACAGCGGCUGGGUCAGACGAAGGAGUGGGAUGGGUGACACGCUGCACACAAGGCUCGGAGGGCAGCCGGCAUCCUGCCAAGCGCGCAGCAGGAGGAAAGGCAGAUACACGGGGGCGAGUAGGGCUGGUGGGGGCACAAGAGACAAAAGGCAGGCUGGAGCCAGGGCAAAAAUGGCAAAAAACAGGCUGGGGCAGGGUGAGGAGCAGAUUUCAGCAGGGUGGAGUCAMAGUGAAACAAAAGACCUAAAAGCUUUGGCUCAAAAUGCCAAAAAGACGAGACAAAAAGCCCCAAAGUCACCAAGCCAAAAAGCAAGUCUCAAAAAAGCCCCUCACUCAAAAAGCCUCAAAGGCAAAAAGCACAGUCUCAUAACCCCUGAGCAAUUUUAUCCCUGAAAGCUGCUUAUGCAGUUACUUUUCAUGGCCCGUGGCUCCUCCUGAAGUCUGCCUUCUGGCASGAGACCAUUGGCCCAGUCCAACCUCCACCACUGCAGUCUGCUGGUGGAGACCUUUCACCAUCUUUUCGGAAAAUGCCUCUGGAGGGUACAGUGUCUUGGUUUUCCCCUACUGGCUGCUGGUCCCACGUAAAGUGAAAUGGUUGUCAGGCAAAGUCUCCCCAGAGACCGGGCCUUCUCCCACCUUCUUGUAGUUAACUUCUGCAAGUGGCACAUGUACAACCCUCCCCCCACACGCCUCUGACAGCCAAUGUUGAGACAAAUCAAAACUAAAUUGGCUCCUCACAAUAUCCACAUGAAAGGUGUGUUGCAUAUUUGUGGAAAAAACACAUGAAGAAGCUGGAAUAGUUUAUACUCUGUUUUGCUUGAGUUGUACAAUGAUCUAUAAUGUCUGUCUCCACUUCUAUGUUUUUAAAUUGCAAAAAGAWCAAUAAUUUAGAACAGUGCUGUGAAACAUAAACUUCAGAAUGGCUUCAGACCUSUAGUGAGGAAAGGACCAAAGGAUUCCUCAAAUUUUAAUUUGAACCGACCAAUUAGUACCUUGUCAUUCAAACUUUGUUUUUCCUUAUUAGUUCUGUGUCACAGUGUGUCUGCAUUCCUGUUUGAUUAGGAUGUGUUUUUUUUAAGAGACCAUCCUGAUUGGCUSCUCAAUUUAGAGAUGCUAAAUUUAGCACGCUUCAGUCCGCAGGGUGGUUGUGGAGUGUGUGA